UUUGCUUUCCCCUCUCAAAGAGCCGCUAUUCUUUGAUGAUUGGGCAGCGGCAAACUUCAAAGUAAUAAAUCUUAUUUCUGACUGGCUGGCGGCCCACCAAAGUCCUUAUCAAAUUCUAAGAAGUGAUCCCUCACUCUUCAGAUAGACCAAGGAUAUAUCGGAGAGAGGAAGCACUGGAGAGUGAAGACCUGCUCGACAAGAUUUUUUUUUAACCGCGAAUGAACACAUUUAUCUAAAUUAGUGCUUUUAUUUUUUAUUCGUCUUCAUCGAGAGGAGGAGGACGUUUACCAUGGCAGCAGUGGCUGUACUGCGGAAUGAAACACUUCAGGCUUUUCUUCAGGAUCGCACUCCAAACUCUUCCCCAGAGAACUGUAAGCACUCUCCGCUGGCUCUCCUGGCUGCCACUUGCAACCGGAUCGGGCAUAACCACGGAUCAAACCCCGCUGAUUUCCUCCAGGUCCCCUACGAUCCCACGCUGGGUUCUCCUUCGCGUUUAUUUCACCCGUGGACUAACGAGGGAAACCCUCAAAGCAGCCUGGCCAGCAACUCUACUUUCGGACUAUCCUCCAAGCCUCAGCUGUCUGCGCACAUCCAGACCUCCUUCAGCUCUCACCACGAACUGCCCCUCACCCCUCCGGCGGACCCCUCGUACCCCUAUGACUUCUCUCCCGUGAAGAUGCUACCUUGCUCCAUGCAGUCCACCUGCCCUCCCACCUACGUCCCCGCCGUCAGCUACGCAGCUCCAACUCCCAUUCCGCCCGCGAUGCCAAGUUUUGUCACGGGACCCUCCGGCCUUGUGCACCAGCAGCAGAGACAGUUGUCCCCAAACCCUGGGGAGGAUAUUCCGUGGUGGAGCCUCCAGCAGGGGAACCACGUAAGCCACUCUUCCUCUCUUGGUCCCCACCGCUUUCAGCUGCAGAGAGGCUUGGUUCUGGGACAUACGGACUUUGCGCAAUACCAGACGCAAAUCGCCGCUCUGCUGCACACAAAGUCCCCUCUCGCAACUGCGCGGCGGUGCAGGAGGUGCAGGUGUCCGAACUGUCAGUCCUCCACGUCCAGCGACGAGCCCGGGAAGAAGAAGCAGCACAUUUGCCACAUACCAGGUUGCGGGAAAGUUUAUGGGAAAACUUCUCACCUCAAAGCGCACCUGAGGUGGCACUCGGGAGAGCGGCCGUUUGUGUGCAACUGGCUGUUCUGUGGCAAGAGUUUCACCAGGUCGGAUGAGCUGCAGAGACACCUGAGGACUCACACUGGGGAGAAGCGCUUUGUUUGCCCGGACUGCUGCAAAAGGUUCAUGAGGAGUGACCACUUGGCAAAACAUGUCAAAACUCACCAGAACAAAAAGAGCAAAUGCCACGACAAGACACUUGAUCACGUGAAAAGAGAGGACACGAGGAUGUUGUAACACACCUUAUAGUCAUCUUAAACAGUAGACAUUAAAAUAGUGCAAUACAGUCAGUCCUACACUAGUUAAAGUUCACAGUGAGCUGCAUUUUUGUAGGGUAUUUUGUUAAUUUUGUUGGUUGAUUUCUUACAUCCUGACACUAGUCUCUAACAUUGCUGGUCUGUGUAGCACAUUUUUGUAUAUAUAAAGUUUCAUAAGUUAAUUUGGGACCAUCGAGGAGCUCAUAAGUUUGAAUUCACUGUCUAUAUCAUAUCAAGGAAGACAAGUUUUCAACUUGUGUUUUGAUCAUUGUCUUCGGUGGAAGAUUUCACUCCCCUGUAAAUUAUAUUUAAUAGCUUUUGUUGAAUGAAAGUGUCUGUUUUUGCUCCAUAUGGGGUGUUUAUAAAGCAUGCUCUCCAGAAGAUCUGCUAUUGUUAAUAUGACCCAAAUGCUGUGUGAGAAUAAAAGUUAUGACAUUUUCCUCAUCUCAGAAUAAUUCAUUUAAUAUCCCUCAGUUAUAUGAGUGAUGAGGAGGCAGCCAAGCUUUAUAUAUAAAAUGUGUGUGCUUUGUGAACUGUUGCAGACUUGAUGUUGUCAAAGUUUACCGCCAGUAAAAUCCAGUCAUCGAUUUCAGACUAUAUAUUUUUAAAUACUUAUUAUUUUUCAGGUUAAAAAAAAUAGGAUGGAGUGUUUUUUUGUUGUUUUUUUUUAUUAUUGUUGUUGAGGCUGUUCUGAAAAUGAAAAAGAACUUUGUGAAAUCCUAUUUUGUUGCUGUUUUUCUAUAACCUGUCAAGAAAGGCGGGAAAAUUUUAGGCGAAUACGCCCCAGCAUUUGAUUUGGUGGGGAGUGAAUUUUGAAAAUUGCCACAGAAAAAACUGGAAAAUGUGCAUCACCCUGUGGAAUUGUACCUGUGAGUGCUGAAAUGAGGCCGCCAACUGGGUAAA